AAAAUAAUAGCAUUACUGUACUUCCCUAAGUCUGGAUUUCUCUACCCCAAAGCACCUCAGGGAGACUCAGUCACCGAGUGCCACAAGAACCAGCACUCGACCUGCGCGUGGUGGAGACCGAUAAAGGGAGAUGGCCCAAAAGAUAAUUGCUGGCUCUACUUAGAGAGAAGCUGGAGACUUUGGGGUCCCAAGAUAACCCGAAUCCCCCGGGGGGCCAGGCCCCUGUACCCCACAGCCGGUGCUGCGAGCGGAGACAGGAACCGGGGCUCGGCUGCGGCUGCAACGUUUCCUGUUUGACAGAGCGAGAAAAGGAGCGAGAGCAGCAAAAUGAGGUGGUUGGCACGAAGAUGGCAGUUGGAGCGUGUUCGUGCCCGAUAACCCCCCGCUCACCCCGCUCCUCCGCUGCAGUCGAGGGGUAGGACGGGACCCCCCGGGCCAGUUUCCCUUGAAGCAAGAAGUGUAACAGCUUGGAAAGCAAAGAUAAAGGACAUGUUUGUUAGAGAGGGUAAUUUGGGGUAACAGAAGGAGGAAAUAGAGUAUGAGCUUGUCAAGAAGGCCUCAACAGUUUGCUCAGCUUGGGGACACAGGAUCUCGGGGUGGCCGGGGUGGUCCAGAGCUGUGCCCACCAUGAUCAGCCAGCCCGAGAAGACACGGCCGCGGCGCCGGCGCGAGAGCUAUGAAGAGAAGUGUGAGCGGCGACAUGAGACACGGGAGAACCUGCGGCGGAGACACAACCUGACGAGCUGCCGUCACCUCGGGAGGGGAGCGGAGGAGCCACCGCAGAGCCCCCGGCAAAGGGAGUUCCUGAGGAGGAGAAACCUGGCGAGCGAUGCUGGGAGGACACCGCCGGGACAGGAGGCCGAAGCACGUGUCCCCCCGGUCUCCUCCUCACGGGUGGAUCCAGGACCAUCCAUCCUGCUCCAGCACCCUCGGAGCUGCCCUGUGUUCCCCCCUGCGCUCUCCCCGCUCAGCCUCAGCAUCCCCCGCAGCAUUUCGGCAGAAGCCAUCCCCAGGCGAGGUGCCUCCAUGAACACCCAAGGAACCCAGACCCCCACAAAUCCAAGCACAGGAGUGAAGGACUCGAGCCAGCAGACAGAUUGUGGAAUAGCAGUUCUAAAUAAGGAAAUAGUGCAGCUGUCCAACUACCUGAAGGAGGCCCUGCACCGCGAGCUGCUGCUCAAGCAGAAGAUGGUGAUUUUGCAGGAGCUUUUCUCCACGCUGCUGCAGGCAUCAGAAAAAUCCUGGCAGGGUCAGCUGAAUGAAGAUAAACUGAAGUGUAAACUACAGGCACUUGAAAAUCAGCUGCAGGCCUGCACCCAGAGUUACUCAAAGGAGUGUGUGAAGAAGAUCCUGAUAGAGAUGGAGGACCAGAAGCAGACCUACGAGCAGAAGGCAAAAGAGGCUCUUCAGAAGAUGCUGGAAGAUAAGCUCCAAACAGAGCAGCAGCUGCAAAACUCUCAGAGAAGUCUGGCAGCAACGAGAGAGGACCUUGCCUUCUGGAAAGAGCACUACGCCACGCUCAAAGCCGAAUUGACCAAGAUGACCACGACGCACGCUGAGCUCGAGAACAGCUUCCACGAUUUGCAAAGCCAACUGCAGCGAGUGGCCGGGCAGAAGGAGCAUCUCCAACAGGCCCUGCACAGCCUGCAGAGCGAGCAUGCCGCGCUCCACCAGCGAGCCAGCGCCCUGCGCCAGGACAACAACCUGAAGGCAGAGCACAUCAGCGCCAUCGAAGAUAAAUUGCAAAAAGAACAAAAUCAGAAGUUAACGCUGGAGGCAACAAUCAGCCACUUGCACAAUUUGAUAAAGAACCAGACCAACGAACAGAAGAUGCGGGAGAUGAUGGUGCAAAGGAAAGACCAGGUUUCCACCACGCAGACCCCACCUCUCACUCCUGCCAAGGAAAAACAAAACGCUCUGUUAGAGCGCCCCGAGGAGGAGGAGGGAGAAGAAAGUCUGAAGGAUGAGAUACAGAAAAGGACAUCCCUGCUUACAGCAAAGGAGAACGAGGUACCUAUGGACAUACGGGUAGCAGAAGUGAAAAUCCCCCGUUGGUGCAGUGCCGGUGCCUCGGUGAAGCGCUGCCGGCUCUGCGGGAGCCCCACCAGUCUGGGUGCGUACAAGAGCGAGGGGAUCCUUCCCGCUAACGGCCCCUCGCUCUGCUUGCAGUGCACGGAGCUGCGCUCGGAGCUGGAGGCCCUGAGCGAGGAGUACCGCUCCUGCCUGACCAGGCUGCGCCAGUGCCGCGACGAGCUCAACCACUUCCAGAGCGAGCAGGCAAAGAGACGGCGCCGUCACUGGAUCCCUCUCCUGGUGGCAGCGAUAGCAAUGGCCAUAGCCACCUUCCUGGCAAGUUACAGACCAUGAAGGACCUUCUGAAUGACUGACCUCACCGCAGGAACUGACUUCUGCUUCACCAGCAGCAACGCGCCCUGGCCGCAGCGCACCUUCUGCUGUUUCCUACUUGCCUGUUUGGUUCAUAUCCUGAGCUGGUCUCACUCCAAACUCCUGCAGCUCCAAUAAAGCUGGGAGAUCUCCCCUUC